CUGCGCACAUACACACUGGACGUCAGUGUUUCUAUGUCAUUUUUUGUUUAAGUUUUAUAGUAUAUUCGAUUAGAUUCGUUAAUUUUCAUUAUAAACUGACUUCGGAGAAUGGCUACAGGCAGUGCCGUGAAGGCCUUGCAGCUAGAACUGAAGAAAAUCUCCGAAGAACCAGUGGAAGGGUUUCGAGUAAAAUUGAUCAAUGAUGACAAUCUUUUCGAGUGGGAAGUGGCAAUUUUUGGACCACCUGGCACUCUUUACGAGGGUGGAUAUUUCAAGGCUCAUAUGAAGUUUCCACAGGAUUAUCCAUACUCACCACCAAGUGUCCGCUUUAUCUCCAAGAUGUGGCAUCCCAAUGUCUACGAGAAUGGAGAUGUAUGUAUAUCGAUUCUUCACCCUCCAGUAGACGACCCCCAGAGCGGGGAGUUGCCGUCAGAGAGGUGGAACCCUACACAGACUGUCAGAACGGUACUUUUAAGUAUAAUAUCUUUACUGAAUGAGCCAAAUACCUUCUCACCUGCCAAUGUUGAUGCUUCUGUGAUGUUCCGCAAAUGGAGAGAAUCAAAAGGAAAGGACAAAGAAUAUGAAACUAUUAUUAGAAAGCAAGUGACGUCCACACGUGGGGAGGCCAUCAAGGAUGGGGUGACUGUUCCAAUGACAUUACAGGAGUACUGUGUGAGUUCAAAGCCCGCGCAGGACAACCAAGUGGAUGUGGACUUCUACGAUGAUGACUACGUCGACGAUCUCGAGGAGGAGGAAGAGAUGUACGAGGAUGAUGACGAAGAUUCCGGCAACGAGGAAUCCUGAUGACAACCCCAACACUAACACACGCAGAUUUGUUACACUCGUUCUCAUUGGUUGUCGACUGCCGGGCGCCGCCAGCUAACACAAGCAGCAACCUCCAGUUUUUUUGGUGUUUUUUUUUUUUAAUAUAUAUCUAAAUUCUUUGUGAAAAAAAUUCAUUAUGAAUUUUUUUUAGUUCACAAACAUUUUUGGGAUUUGUGAUCUUCCAGAAAAAAAGAAGAUUUGUUACACUUGUUGUCGACUGCCAAGCACCUCCAGCUAAAACAGCAGCAGCCUCCAUUUCUUUUGGUGUUUUUUUAUAUCUAAAUUCUUUGAGAAAAAAAAUAGUUCACAAACUUUUGGGGGGUUUGUGAUCUUCGAAAAAAGAAGAUUUGUUACAGUCAAUCUCAAUGGUUGUCAACUGCCAGGCGCCUUCAGCUAAAACAAGCAGUAACCUCCAGGUUUUUUGUUGUUUUUAUCUAAAUUCUUGGUGAAAAAAUUAGUUCACAAAUGUUUUGGGGGUUUGUGAUCUUCUAGAAAAAGAAAAAAAAAAUUGCACUUGUUCUCAUUGGUUGUCACCUGCCAGGCACCUCCAACUGAAACGAGGUGCAACCUCAAUUUUAAUUUUUCUUCUUUUUAUAUCUAAAUUCUUUGUGAAAAAAUUUGUUCACAAUCUUUCUUUCCAAUGUUUGGGGGUUUGUGAUCUUCCAGAAAAGAAGAUUUGUUACACUUGUUCUCAUUGGUUGUAGAAUGCCCGGCGCCACCAUCAUGUCAACUGCUAAAACAACCAGCAACCACCAUUUUUUGUUUUGGUGGUUUUAUUUUUCUAUUUGAAAAACAAAAUUGUUCAAUAUUUUUUCUUUCUUUCCAUGCUUGGAGUUGGAGGUUUGUAUCAAGUGAUCUUCAAGAAUCAUCUGCUGUAAAAUUAAAAUCAGGUUUUUUCUCUUCUUGGAAUUUCUUGUUUGAAAAUGGAAUUAACUAUUUCCUAGACAACUCAACAUUUAUUGACAUUCUAGGAAAUAUGACUGAUUAGUUUUGCCAACAGUCACCAGAGUUGAUUUGAAAUUCUUGAAGAAUUAUGCACCCUCAAAGUUUGUGUAUACACUUUUAAUUUUAGCUGGUUGGUGAAACCUCCAGUGUUUGCAGCCAUUAUCAACAAGAUGUUGAUGAGGUUAUACUGCUAAGACUUGGCUUGCUGGGAACCGAUUAAUUGUAAAGAAGAAACCUACUGCAUGCAAAGCAAUGGUCAGUUUUGUCACCGGAGACCGUCGAACCAGAGAUACAUUUUUCAACGUAAAUCACUUGGACGGCAAUUCAAUGAAAGCAAAGAUCGGCUUCUUUACUCAGCACUGUUCGUAAUAAUAAUCAGGAAGGAUUUAUGUUAGGUUUAUUUUUCAACUGGAGUUCUGCGAAAAAAUACCUUAGUUCGAAUUUAAAGGUGUGUGGGUGUGAUUGUGGGUGUGAUUGUGGGUGUGAUUGUGUGUUUCAUGUACUGGCCCUUGUGUUUGUGAACAUAUUGAGGUUUUUUCUCUUUUUUUCUUACAAAUUAAACUCAAGUAACAUUUUGAGUUGCGCAUCUAGUCUCAAAAUAUUUAUGAUCACAGGGUCAGGUAGCCAGCGGUUUGGGUGCUUGACAGUGAGUGAAUGGUAAGUGAGUGCAUGGUUUGUUCUGGCAAAGCUGUACAUGUUUGUUUUUUUGUUUUUCAGUUGUCCAUAAUUAUAUACAAUGUACAGCACGGUUUCUAUUUUUGGUGUGGGCCCUGACUUGUAUAAUAGAAAUAUUUGUAUUUAAACUUGGUUGUAUCUGCAUGCGUUGUAUGUAUGGGCCAAUUGAAUUUAGUGAUCAGUGAUUGUGUACAAAUAAUAUCACGUCUGUAUGUUCAUCUUUCAUUCCCAACGGCAAAUUUAGAUGAUUUAUUAUUUGGGUAGUUUUUUUUCAGGUAUGUACUUGGUUUUAUAUUGGUUUUUAAUUACAUGUACCCCUGAAAAUUCAAUGAAAAGUUUUCUUUACAUUAAAGGAAGUAAGAUUCAAAUUUGUUGAGAUAGCUACAAUCUUUAGCAAAUUGGUGAGCAAACUUCAUUUAACAUAUUCAAAUACAUUGUCCUCAUUUGUUUUUGUUUUUAAACUUAAGUUUGUGAUUCUCUGAUAAAUCUUUAUUUAGACCGAUUCCUUGUGACUACCAUCAACAAUAAUAACUGGCAGCCUUACCAAUGUGUUUCAAUUAUUUUAAACAAUGGCAUAUUUAACUGCUGCAUUAUAUUGUCUCUGCUAUUAACCAUUCCAGGUUUUGAGUAGAAUUCAAGAUAAUAAUUUUUUUUCCCGUUGCAACCAUCUGAUAAAUCACAGCCUUUUGUCAAUAAUAUGCAACAAAAAAUCAAUCAAAUUCAACCAUCAAGAGUCGUAUGUGGUAUUAAAAUUGUUAUUAAUAAAGGGGCUUUAAUGAGUUUUGUCAAGAUAUUUUAUGACUGAAAAUUAAUGAAUUAAAAAAAAUAAAAACCUAAAAAAAAAACACCUAUCGACAAGUGCUCGACAAAACGUGAACAGGGACUUUUUUUUACAACAUAUUACGCACCUUUUUUUAGUAUGAUCAAUCCUGACUAAAAUUCAGUAUUUCAGAACUCUUGUGAAAAAAACAUUGAAGGAAGUGAUUAACUGUUUCUCUAACUUCAAUUAUGAACAGCCAUUUAAGGUAUUUCCAUAUUCAGCAAUGAUAUUUAAUCCAGCAGUAUUUAAAAAACAUAAAAAAUCUCAUGGUAAGGGGAGUUAAAACUACUCUACUGAACAAAUUGUGGGAGUGGUGGGGAUCGAGAGUGAUAAUAGCUGCCCUUAAAUGGCAUGGCAUGGUAGUUAACAUGAGCAUUGCACUAAACUUGCAAUAUAAUGGCUAUAGUAAGCAUUGGAAGGUACCAGUCGACUCCGAACAUUUGGGACUGAAAAAUCAAUUGAAAUUUGUUCAUUAUGAUGAUGUAAGUACCAGAUGCUCUAGAGGAAGAUGGGUUUUCCUGGAAAUUGCAGUUUUCAAAUUCCACCAAUUAAAGUACUUGUUGCAUGUUUUCCUUUGUUAAUCGAGUGGAAACUAGUUGGAUUUAUUCAGAAAUAUUUCUGUCUUCUUGUACGAGUCGAUAUAGCAAUUAAGUGAUUUCACUUCUAUUGAAGAGGUGUUUAAGCGGCCAUAUCCAUUUAAUCUACUAGUAAUGGGCAAAUGGCAUGAGAUUUCCUAAUUAACGUUUGGCAUAUAGCGUGUUGUGAAAAUAAACUCUACAUACUCUACCCUGACUGGUAAAUGGCAGACUAAACAUUUUCUACAAUAAUCAUUCAGUUUAAAAAAAGAAGAAAGGAAAACAAGAAACCUUUAAUAAAUCAAAUUUGCUUGUAGCAGGGAUAGGAAUUUACUUGGCUACUUUAUCUGUUAGUCAGAUAUAUUAAAGAAUUUGUUUUUAAUUUAUGUAUUUAAUUUUUUUGUUUAGAUUGCAACCUUAUUAAUAUAGCAACAGGGUUUCUCAAAUUUUUAUAAAAUCCACUAGUCAUGGGAUCAGUGAUUUUAAAAAUUGACAAGCCACGAUUAAAAAUUCUAUAGCUGUACUUUCCAUUAAGUUAAAGUAAUAUAAUUUUACUAAAUAAUAGUAAAAAUCAGAUAUGUAACCUAAAGAGAUAAAUAAAGUUUAAAACACUAAUGGUGGGGUAGGAUAUUCAUAUUUUCAAGAUAGACUUAACUACAACAUUUGACAAAUUGUUUUCACUAGCCGUCGGGCAUGGCAACUAGUUAUUCACUAGCCCAACAUUGAAUAUCACUAGCCAUGGGGGUGGAGCUACCAUAAUAAAGAAACCCUGAGCAAACUGUUUUUUAUUUACUUCAUAUAGCUGGGUUAAAAGUUAAUUUUAGUUAACAACAUUAAGUAAGUUUAGCAGUCUAUUUAUUUGUUUUUAAAUCUUUGCAAUGUUAAGUCACAAAACUGUAGUGUGUUCACCCGUGUGUUAAAGUUUUUCAUAAACAAUUUUACUUUGAACACAGAAUAGAAUGUUUUUAGAUAGAAUUUUCGUAAUAAAUUGUAAAGUAAUUUAUAAUUAAUUAUUGCAAUUUGUACAUAUUUUCAAAACUUCAUUUUCAUGAUCACACAAGUGAAUAAGAAUUUUUUUUCUCUCACUAUACUUCAUGUAUUAUUUUUUCAUCCCAUCAUGACGACUUUAUAUAUUACUUGUAAUGCAGUCAAAUAUAUCAACAUCUUUUGUGCAUCUAUAAAAACAUUUGAAAAUGUUCAGCUACUUAAUGAUUUUUACAGCUAACAUUAGCAAUUUAGCUGAGUUUGUUGAUCAAGACCAAAAGGUUGCUUUACUGCUUCACAUUCGGCCACUUUUUAUGUUACAGUCCUAGUGCAGAGUUUAAUUUUCGUACCUGCACUAAAAAAAAAACAAUUUUACACAACUUGGCCUAAAAUAAAUGUGUUUCUAUGAAUAUGGCCCCCAUCGUGCCCUCCCCCCUUUCCAAAAGAGAAAAAAAAAUAAAAAAAAUAAAGGUAGGUCGUCUUUUAAAAAAACAUUUUUUUUUAGUACAUUCACUUCUACAGAUUUAGAUCAAAUGUUAUAUACCGGUAUGUACUUUUUCUCACCUACAUAUUAAUUUUUUUUUUCAUUUACCCAAAAUUCAAUUCUUUUAAGCCUUAUUUCACAGAACAAGAAACUUAAUUAUUAGGUGUCUGUAAGUUUAAAACAGGCUGUAUAAUACUUUUUGUCAAGGAAUCACUUGCUUUUGUUAUUUUUGAUGAUUAGUAGAUUACUAGCAUACACCUCUACUCAAACUGAGAGGUUUAAAGUCAUGCUUGUUGAUUUUAAGUUUUACUCCUAUUUUGUGUUUUUUUGGGUAUUUAUUAUUUAAAAAACCCAAACAAACCGCAUCUCAAAGUACUAACACAUCAAAUUUAUAUUUUAUUUAUUAUUUAUUUUGUGUCGGUGUUCAUUAUAUUGAGUGGAAUAUUCAGAUAGGCAAAACGUGAUUACUAAAAUACAUUUGUAGGACAGGUUUCAGAUGUCUUUUAUUUAUUUAUUUGUCUUGGUUGAGCCGUUCAUUUUGACAGUAGUGAUUUCAUCGCGGAGAACCUCGCCGUACAAGGUGUGUGUCCUCUACACCAAACACUAACCUCAGACACAGGUAGCUCGUGUGUUAUGCAUAUAAAAGAUCCCUUGCUGCUGUAUUGAUAGCAGUAGCCUAUAUGGUGGUAGUAGGUUUUCGCUUAUUUCUCUUUCAAAAUAGUGUAAAAAAAGAAAGAAAAAAAGAACAUAUGAUUGACACCAAUAGCCAUAGUUUAAAAUGUCGUUAAACACUUAUUUCUUUUCAUAUUUUUGGUGAUUGAUGUUAAGGACAGUGCUUGAACUAGUUAUAAUCAUGAACAUAAAACAAAAUAAAUGAACUGUCACAAAAUUACAUUACUGAAUAUUGAAGAAAAUUACUAGAAAUGUAGGACGUUCUUAUAAAACUAUAAAAUGGUAAUGAUAAAAUAGGAGAGGUUUUAUUUUGUAAUGGCCUAAUUGUUUCUUGAUGUCGGCCCUCAGUUUUCAAAUGCAGCAGUUAAGAUGGUACAGACAUCUCAGGAGUUUUUUGUUUCGUUUCUACAUGUACAUAACAAAAUAUGUCAGGUGUAAUAUUGUUUUAACCAAGUAAAGUGUGUUGCCUAAUUACUCCAAUCCUGUAAUCCCUCUGUCCACAGGAAUAUUAUUGUUGAAUUGUUUACCCCAUAAUAAUGGUUAUGUAGUUGGUGGUAGUGGUGAUCUCUUUUAUACACUGGUUUUGACAAAGCCUUUAGCAUCAGACAACAUUUGUGUCUACCAUAGACAUGUGAACAAAACUGUGUGUUGAUUGGUCACACUGCAACCAAUCUGGGUUGAGUUUUUAUUUUUAUUAUAUGUAUGUGGUUGUGACAUCUCCCUGCAGCCAGUUAAUUUGCAUUUACAUCUCCCUGUGGCCAGUCAAAUUGUGUUUAAUGUCUACCUGCAAACAGUUCUCCCGUUGCGGCUAUCACUUGUUUUACACCAUAGAAAACGGAUACAUGGUGAACAAAUGUAACAUAGCUUUUGACACGGUCACUUGAUGAGCAAAAAUAUUUAUUUACUAUAGUCAUACAAAGUAUCUGUGUAUGAAGUUUUGACUGGCUCAUUUGUGCAGUUCACUUCUAUGAUAUUGUCCAAAAUAUUUGGAAGCAAAAUCAAUAAGUAUUUUUACUACAGGCUAAGGCUUUGUCAUUUAGAAGUAGAUAUGUUCAAAAGUGAAAGUUAUCUGCAGGGGAUAAAAAAAAAAAAACGAAGAGAGAAAAAAAAGAACAAGUGCCAAUUGCCUGCCUACCUGUCCCACAGUGUUGUCUCAUCUGUUUAAUCUUAAUAUGAACAAACAAAUGUUAUAAGUUAAUAUGAAUGUAUGGCAGAUUAAUGGCUGUAAGCGUGACAUGGCUUGGGGAUGUCGUGCAUUUGUGUCACCUUCAGAGUGAGGUAGUAUGUUAACUCGGGGCUGUAUUUGAAAAGUUUUAAAGUCCAGACUGUUUAACAAAGUGGCCAGAUAGUAUACAGUUUGUAUGGUCAAGUCUAGGAUUUGAAAUAUUAUGUCACUAGACCAUGGCCACAGCUAGACACUCUGCACCGACAUUGACGCCUACAAUCUGUUGUGGGCCAGCGUAACUUGCUGAUGACAAUACACUGACUUGCCUAUGUUGUAGUCUGUCUUUGGCAUUACCACAGUAAUACCCUACCUACCCUGUUAAUUCCACAUUUCAUUUUCAAAUCUAAUAUGAUUCAGUAGUGACAUUUUUAUAUAGCAUAUUCAAAGUAAUAAGAUCACCCUACAUAAGGAAUUGAAAUAAGCCGUUAUCUGCAAAGGGGUUGGGGGGGGGGGGGGGGGAGAAGUUUUAAACCCAAUUGAAAAUAUAUGGUGGUAUUAAAUUUUAGUGUGAAUUACAUUUUUCUUAUGGUUGCAUUUCAGUUCAAACUGGUAAAUGUAAUUUUAUAAAUUGUGUUUUCUAAUUCUAAUUUAAAAAAAACAAAUGUUUUGAUUAUGACAACAAAAAAUCUAUAAAAAGUUCUUGGUUAGCAUAUGGUAAGAUGCGCCAAUCUUUUUCUGUUGGAUGUGGAUUAUGAAAUUUCUUGUAUUCACUCUUGUAAACUUGUCAUAACAAAUACCAUGUCCACUAAGCACUAUUUAUUCCAUUUACUGUUAUUUGAUCAUAUCUACUACAUGUACAUACAUAUGUGAAAUUAAUAAAACAAAUGAAAAUAUG